UGCAAGCUUAAAAAUGUAAAAAAUGUACAUCUGUAAUGGUUAGGGUUAGGUUUAAAUUUCCAGGGCGGCUAGGGUUUUAGGGUUGUGGGGAAGCCGCAAAGAUGGGGAAGAUCAAGGUGCACGAGCUGCGCACGAAAUCUAAGCAGGACUUGCUCGUCCAGCUCAAGGAGCUCAAAUCCGAGCUCGCUUUGCUGCGCGUGGCCAAAGUCACUGGAGGCGCCCCCAACAAGCUCUCCAAAAUCAAGGUCGUGAGGCUCUCGAUCGCGCGCGUUCUCACAGUAAUCUCCCAAACCCAGAAGGCCAAGCUGAGAGAGGCCUACAAGAACAAGAAGUACAUGCCUCUGGAUCUUCGUCCCAAGAAGACCCGAGCGAUCAGGCGACGCUUGACAAAACAUCAGCUUUCCCUCAAGACGGAGAAGCAAAAGAAGAAGGAGGCUUACUUCCCGAUGAGAAAGUACGCUGUGAGGGCGUGAGGAGAGACGCAAGCAGCGUGAGAUGGAUCUUCUUUCUUGUUUUCGAACGCGCUAACUAAUGCAAGAGGAAAAUUUUUCUUUGCAGUGUC